UACAAUGAGAUGAUGUUCAACCCUGUGGGUUCACUCGUGGGCGCUGGCAUCAAGACUUUCUUGCUCGAGAGUUCCAGGGUGGUUUCGCAGCAGAAAGGUGAGAAGAACUACCAUGUCUUCUACGAACUCCUUGCCGGGAUGGAGGAAGAGGCCCUGAAUAUCAUGUGGCUGGAACGCGAUCGCAGCUAUAAGUUGCUCCACGCAAGCGGUGCCUCACCGCAGCCAGCCGAUGCAAAUCGCCUGGCUAAACAGUUUCAGGAGCUGCGGCAGGCGCUUUCGAUCUUCCUGGAUGAGGAAACACAGGAUCACAUUUGGCAAACGCUCGCUGCGCUGAUUCACCUGGGAGAGGUGGAUUUCCAGGAAUUGGAAGCGAGCGACGAAUCGGAGAAGACGGGUGAGCCCUACCUCGAGCCGUCGCCGUCGCACUGCAGCGCCACGCCCUCCUCCGCGGCGAACACGGCCGCCUCGGAGGCGAUCUCCGGCGAGGCGCUGUCCACGCAAUCGGCCAAGGUGGAGAUCGAUGAGAAGACCGAGGAUUGCCUGGACAUGGCUUGCGACCUGCUUGGUUUGAAUGUGGUCUCCGUGGCAAAGGUGCUGAAGUUCAGGGAGAUGCACGUAAAUCGCCAGGGAAGGAUCUCACACAUCAAGUGCCCCAGGACCUUGGCUCAGGCGAGGCAGACCCUGCAGUGCAUCAUCAAAAUCCUUUACAAACGGCUCUUUGACAAGAUCGUUUCCAGCAUCAACGAGGUCUCCAAUUCUGGAGCGGCCCGGCAGAGCGAGGGCAACUAUCACAACAUUGGGACCUUGGACAUCUACGGCUUUGAACGUUUGGAGUCCAACAGCUUUGAACAGCUCUGCAUCAACUUGGCCAACGAGCGGUUGCAGCAGUUCUUUGUGGAGGAGGUUCUUGAAGCCGAACAGCGCAUGUACCGCGAUGAGAGGUUGAACGUCCACAGCAUGGAGCUCCCCGACAGCGCCCCCGUGGUGAGCGGCAUCCAGUCGGUGCUCCGGCUGUUGGACGAGCACUCCCUGAGGGCGGUGAAGAAUUUGGUGCGCGAAGGGGCGCAGAAGGAUUCCAAGUUCUGCGAACAGGUGGGGAGGACGACGGUGAGUCUGGAGGCUGUAGUUUUGGGGGAAAUCAUAGAUGGAUGA